GCCGCAGCCCCGGGGCGCGCACUCGGCGGGGCCGCGGCCCAAGCAUGGCCGAGCCGCUGCUCAGAAAGACCUUCUCCCGCCUGCGGGGUCGGGAGAAACUUCCCAGGAAAAAGUCAGACGCCAAGGACCGCGGACGCCCAGCCCAACGCUCAGAGCCCAACCCCCCAGAACCUGAACCUCACGUCCUUGAAGCCUCUCAGGCUGGAGCAGAGGGACCACCCAGCCCCGAGGCACCUCGGAGCCCCGCUCGGGGGGCCUACCUGCAAAGUCUGGAGCCCAGCAGCCGCCGAUGGGUGCUAGGAGGGGCUAAACCACCAGAGGAGAUAUCUUUGGGGCCUAGAACACCUAGUAGUGGGGAGCCUGCUGGUGAGAUUUGGUACAACCCCAUCCCUGAAGAAGACCCCAGACCACCAGCACCUGAGCCCUUGGGAUUACAGCUAGCUUCCUCUGAGCCAGAAGGCCCAAUCAUACAAGGUGCAGCCCCUACCAGCCCCCCUACCAAAACCUCCCGUACCAAGUCCCCAGGCCCUGCCAGGCGCCUCUCAAUGAAGAUGAAAAAGCUGCCCGAGCUGCGCCGCCGCCUGAGCCUAAGAAGUACUCGCACUGGCCGGGAACGAGAGAGGACCGCUCCAGAAGGCUCUGUCAUCAGCCGCUACCACCUGGACAGCAGUGUGGGGACGCCUGGCCAGGCAUCAGUGGCUGGAGGGACUAGGAGCCCAAGGGGUGGGUAUCUCAGCGAUGGUGAUUCGCCGGAGCGUCCUGGGGGACCACCAUCACCCACUGCCUUCCGUCCCUAUGAAGUGGGCCCAUCAGCCCGGGCUCCUCCAGCCGCGCUUUGGGGGCGUCUCAGCCUGCACCUGUAUGGGCUAGGGGGUCUGCGACCAACUCCGGGGUCCACUCCUCGAGAUCUCUGCUGCCUUCUCCAAGUGGAUGGCGUAGCUCGGGCCCGCACCGGGCCACUUCGAGGCGGACCAGACUUCCUGAAGCUGGACCACACCUUCCACCUGGAGCUGGAGGCCGCUCGGCUACUGCGGGCCUUGGUACUUGCUUGGGACCCUGGUGUGAGGCGGCACCGGCCCUGUGCCCAGGGCACUGUGCUACUGCCAACCGUCUUUCGAGGAUGCCAAGCACAACAACUGGCCGUUCGACUGGAACCCCAGGGACUUCUUUACGCCAAGCUAACAUUGUCGGAACAGCAAGAAGCCCCUGCCACAGUGGAGCCCCGUGUUUUCGGGCUCCCUCUGCAGCUUCUGGUAGAACGUGAGCAGUCCCCAGGCCAGGUGCCUCUCAUCAUCCAAAAGUGUGUGGGCCAGAUCGAAUGCCGAGGGCUGCGGGUAGUGGGGCUGUACCGUCUGUGUGGUUCGGCAGCAGUGAAGAAAGAGCUUCGAGAUGCCUUUGAGCAGGACAGUGCAGCUGUGUGCCUCUCUGAAGAUGUGUACCCUGAUAUCAAUGUCAUCACAGGCAUCCUCAAGGAUUACCUUCGGGAGCUGCCUACUCCGCUCAUCACCCAGCCCCUCUACCAGGUGGUGCUAGAGGCCAUGGCCCAAGGACACCCAAGCAGGGCUUCCCUGGGUCCUGAGGGCACCAGAGGGCUCCUCAGCUGCCUGCCAGAUGUGGAGAGGGCCACACUGACGCUUCUUCUGGACCACCUGCGACUUGUCUCCUCCUUCCACACACACAAUCGCAUGACCCCGCAGAACUUGGCGGUGUGCUUCGGGCCGGUGCUGCUGCCAGCGAGACAAACACCCUCUCGGCCCCGGCUCCGUAGCUCUGGCCCAGGAGUCACCAGCGCUGUGGACUUCAAGCGCCACAUUGAAGUCCUGCACUACCUGUUACAGUCUUGGCCAGAUACCCGCCGGCCCUCAGAGACCCCAGACAUCGCCCCAUAUUUGCGGCCCAAACGACAGCCAUCACUGCACUUGCCGCUGGCGGGCCCAGAAGUGGUGACUCGGCCUCGGGGCCGCGGAGGCCCCGAAAGCCCCCCAAGCAAUCGCUAUGCAGGCGACUGGAGUGUGUGCGGAGGAGAUUUGCUGCCGCGUGGGCGGGACUUUCUGUCUGGGCCUGACUAUGACCACGUGACAGGCAGCGACAGUGAGGAAGACGAUGAUGAGACUGGAGAGCCGAGGAGCACUACCGACUUCGAAGAUGUCUUUGAUGCACCCUUUAACCCACACCUGAAUCUCAAAGACUUUGAUGCCCUCAUCCUGGAUCUGGAGAGAGAACUUUCCAAGCAGAUCAACGUGUGCCUCUGACCCCUCAAAGCAGGGGAUGGACUCUGGUUACUAAGGAAUUGUUUCCUGGUUGCUAAGGACCAGGUUCUGAUUACUGGGUUCCAAGUUACUAAGGCCCUGACCACCUAAAAGGACCUGACCAGAGUUGCUCAGACUGAGCGCCUGGUUACUAGGGAGUUGCCAAGGGACCAGCCUUUCAUGCUAAAAAUCAUUCCCAAUUCCUAGUGCCAUUGUUUGGGCCCUAGCUGCAAAAACCAGGCUCUUGGCAUUUUCUUGACACUGAUGCCAUGGCCCCUCUCCUUAGCACCAGGGCUUUUCUUGCUGCCGGAGACAGUUCUGCUUGCUAGGCUGGCCUCUCUUGCCUCCCCUUUGCAGGGGAACACCAAUUACUGUGAGCAUCACCCUGGGGUGUUAAGACAUCCCUAGUCAACCCUCUUGCUGCUGCCAACCAAACCAGUAUUAGCAUUGAGCACUACACUCUGUCUCUCCCUCCCUUGAAGUGUCUAAAGACAAUCAUGGGGUUCUGCUUAAAGGGAACCAGCACCAGGCUUGGCCUCUAUCCGUGAAAGGGCAGCCUGGAGCUUAGAGAAAAACAGCUGAUUACCCCCAACCCGCUCUUCUAGAAAAAACUCUAAGAUGAAUCUCCAACCAGCAAAUGGAGACAGAGUCUGACUUUUCCUUUCCCCAGCAGCCCUUUCCCACCCUUGAAAAACCGAGCACUUAAUCCCUCCCCUUUUGGAGGGACCCACCUGAGUUAUCAGGCUGGGGGAUCUUUGGUACGGAAAAUAUUUAUUGCCUCCAUGCAUGUGUGUGUCUGUGUGUGAGGACUUGUGUGCACUGGCCUGUGAGGAGUGGGCAUGUGGAACUCUUUCAGGGACCAUAGAGUGGGAUUGGAUUUUCUAUUCCCUGGCACCCCAAAAUCCCCAAUGAUCGAAUGGGAGAGUUAGGGCCCCUUCCUGCCUCCCACUUUCCACUACUACCAUCUUUGUGGACAAUAAAUAAACCAGUAUACACAGGU